ACCCUAAAAGUAAGGCAAUAAACAUAAACAUCUACCUAUCUCCAUCUUUCUCGACCCAAAGUUUUGUAGCGAAGAAGUUCGAGAGGUAACCAAGAUGCAGAUUUUCGUGAAGACCCUCACGGGCAAGACAAUCACGCUCGAGGUCGAAAGCAGCGACACAAUCGACAAUGUCAAGGCUAAGAUCCAGGACAAAGAAGGAAUCCCACCAGACCAACAAAGGUUGAUAUUUGCGGGAAAGCAGCUAGAGGAUGGCCGUACACUGGCCGACUACAACAUCCAGAAAGAGUCCACUUUACACCUAGUAUUGCGUUUGCGAGGGGGCAUUAUUGAGCCUUCUCUGAUGGCACUGGCAAGAAAAUACAAUCAAGAUAAAAUGAUUUGUCGGAAGUGCUAUGCCCGGCUGCACCCAAGAGCUGUAAACUGCAGGAAAAAGAAGUGUGGGCACAGUAACCAGCUGCGACCAAAGAAGAAAAUUAAGUAGAUUUGAAGCUUGGAGUAUGGUUAAAGGCGAAGCAAACUAUUGUUGUUCACCUUAAAUUUGUGUUGACUUAAAUUGAAUUUUUUGUUCACAGUUUUGUUAUUUGAAGUUAAGCUCGCUGUCUUCGGAGAUUUAAUGCAUAAUUUAAAUUAUCUUAGUAGUUAGUACAAAAUGGCCAUAGUCAGUGAUGCUUUUUUUGUUACCAGUCUACAAUCUGUUUUUCUAUCUGACGGCAGUGAAAUCCAAACAUAAAAUUGUUAGUAUUCAAUGUGUCUAAUUUCAUAAGUAGUCUUCUUGGGCUUUUAAA